UUAAUACCAUCAGUAAAUUUCUUGUUAUACUUAGAUAUGGCAUUGUCGUGGGAAGAACUUAACCGACGUCUGCAGUUGCAUGGUUUGCAAUCGAUCGAUGUGACUACCCCAAGUAAGGUAGCUGGAGAUUUAGAAACUAAUGUAGCACAAAAGGUGAUUCAAAAGAAUGUGACAAGGCUGAUUCAUGAUUUGGAUCGAAGACAAGACAUAAUCCAGGACCUUGUCAAGAGCAAUGACAUUUUGAAGCAGGAAAGUCGACAAGCAAAAUCUGAAAUUACAGAUUUACGACAGCUUCUCCUCAGUGCUAAGGACAAGAUUCAGGAAAUUGAAGGAGAAAAACAGAGUUUGAAAUCAAGAAUUCUUGUCAGCAGUGAUGGCGGUACAGCCUCAAAGCUAGCUGACAAGGUAGACUGUCUUCAGGUCACAUGUCUUGAACAACAAGAGCAGAUUGGACAACUAAAUAAAAGACUGAAAAAGGUUCUCAAACUAAAAGAACAUGAAAAAAGUGAUAGUCACGAAGAAAAAACUAUUGGAGACAGAAGAAUUAUAGAAUAUCAACGGAAGAUUGAAGAACUUGAAAGUGCCCUGUGUAAGUACAGAGGGUUUGAGGGUUUUACCAUAAUGGCUGUGGUUAACAAAGAGGUAACACUCAUCCUCAAGUCUCUUCGGGCUGAUGUGUACACACUUGAACAAAUUCUUAAAAUAAGAACUCAAAGGAAACAUGCAGAAAAGAUGAAGGAUAGACUGAGACAACUUGAGCUGGCAAUAACUAAAACUUGUGCCCCAGAUGAAGACACACUUGCUGAGCUGCACACCCAGGAAUCCAUUGUGCAGAAUUUGUUUACAGCAUUAAAAGUUGAGGAAGAAAAACAAGCAUUAAUUAAGAUACAUGAACUUAAAAAUGCUGGGAAGAAUAAUAUAAAAUUAAGAAAGUUUGCUGAAGAGGUAAUUUCUCUAAUGCAUGAAGCUGAACCAACAAAGCAAACUGUACCUAAUACACCUAACUCAGUUCAUGAGGCGUGGUGUGAGCGAACAUACAAAAGUGCCUUACCAAAACUGAGAACACUCCUACAAUCAUCCAACAAACCCAGGAAAUUGGACCCAAGCUUACCUGUCGGAAUGAAGAAUGCAUGUCCCAUCGUCGAACAUGUGGAGUAUGCACGUAUCGUUGAGCACCUACAGAAACUCUUUGAUGUUAAAACUAUAGAGGGUGUCUUCCCACGUAUGAAUGAAAUCUACAUGAAGCUUGGUGAAACCCAUAAUGUGAUGCACACAUUAAAAGAGCUUUUAGGACUUAAUGAAAGUAAGAAGUCCACUGCAGUUGUGAAUGCUGUUGGUCGGUUGUGUGAACUUCAGAGGAGUACAACUUAUCAACAACUUAGCCAGCUGCUUCAGGAACAAGACCUUAGCAAUGUCAUCGUUAGACUAAAGGAGUACGAGAGGUUUUUCCCAGCUUUUGAAGCUACCAUGAACAGAUUGAUGGAAACGCUAGGUGUGUCAUCAAUGCAAGAGGUGGUUCCAGCAGUACAAGCCCUGAAGCUUCUUGCACCUUGAUGAUGCCUUGUUAGCAGUGGCAUAUCUAAAGGGAAAAGGAAGUCUGCACACACCCCCAAGAAAACUUGCACAUCCUCAGUUGUCCCUCCACUAGAAAUUUCCUGUGUAAAAACAAUUACGCUUUAAGCAGUUCACCUUGUACAGUAUUUCGCCAGGGCCUCCAAAAGUGGCUCUGGGCCCUAGGGGCAGUGAAGCUGCCAGGGCCCUAAGAGCACAGUAAGUGGCUGGCGGAUGCACCCAGCAGGGUCCAGGGUCAGAAGCUACGGCAUUUUAUGUAAUUAGAUGUCUAGUUCAGACCAUUAGACAUAAGAACAGAGAGUAGAUGAUGUCAUCAUCUUGAAAAAUCCAUUAUGUAAGUAGAAUAUAAACUCAUUUAGGCAAGUUGAUCAAAAGAAAUUCAAUUAAACCAAUGAUAAAAGAUAAAAAUGAAAUUGUUCGAGGGUGCACUUCAUAUCUGAGACAACUAUAUAUAUAGAUGUCUCAGAGUAUAUAUGUACUAGAUAAUUACCAUAUUGACUAUGUGAAUGUUGUUCAAAACAUUUUUUCCCAUUAUAUUUUUAAUUGUUUUGUCCAGUGGGCCCUCUCUGAUCCCCCUCCCCUUUCUUGGUGGUAGUGCACAGUAUUUCACCAGAGUAUAAAACUGCAAGAGGUCCGACUGCUAUGAUUUUGUAUGCAUCCAAUGGAACGUUAAAAAAGUACUGCCACAAAAUAAGGGUGCUCUAUUCGAAUUUGAAUAGAGUUCGAAACUCGAACAUGCAUGCAGCACACAUUCGAUCAUCGAAAAUCUUUUAAGGCAAUGAAACCACGACAGUUGGACCUCUUGCAGUUUUAUACUCUUUGAUUUAACUAACUAGCACUCUAUUACACCCAUAUUUAUCUUGCUUCUUAAGAUCAGUUCUCACAAAAAAUAAAUUCUGUAUGUGCCAAAAAGUAGUUUGUCUUGCAAACAAAAAUUAUCUAGUUUCAUAUUGUACUAAUUAAUACCAUUUUAAAGUUAGACAGUAUUUUGAUAUGAUCAAAUUUGGCUUGAUAUUUUUUUUACACCAGUUUUGUACAAUUAACAUAAAAGUCUAAAAUUCUAUACACUUGGAUGGAAAGCAUCUGGCACUCCAAUCGGUUUAGUAUUGUACUUGAUAAUGUAAGGAACAAGUGUUUUAUAUUUAGAAUUUUACAGUUAAGGAAUAAACAAAUGUUGAAUUCUGAA